AUGGAGAAGCAGCAAGAAUUGGAGUGGGCUGAAGCACAGAAGAUCGCAACAAGUCUAGACCUUGUAGCUGCAGCUAAAAAGCAGUUGCGAUUUCUUGCAGAGGUUGAUAGGCAUCGGUACCUCUAUGAUGGCCAUACUUUAGAACGGGCCAUUCACAGGAAUGACUGUAAGGAACUUUAUGGGAGGAUUCUCGGUACCAGGAAUGUUGUAUCUUCUACUCAGGCAGUGUGUAAGAAGCAAACUGAAGAAUUCUGGAAUAGAAUCUAUCCUAACGAACCAUAUGAGCUGAAUCCAAGCACCCAGUUAGUGGAGGGUAUUGGAGAACAUAUUCUGGUAGCACAAAAGAGCACCAACUAUGAUCUAGUUUCAGCUGUCAAAAGGCAGAGGUCUUUCUAUUAUCAGGUAUCGGGUCCCCAUAUGGAAGAUGACACCUUCCUUGAAGAAGCCGUAGCUAGAUAUAAGGGAUUUCUGUAUUUGAUCAAGAGAAACCAAGAGAGGUCCAUUAAGCAUUUCAGUGUUCCAACUUAUGACGUUGACCUCAUCUGGCAUUCUCAUCAAUUGCAUCCUGUUUCUUACUGUAAAGAUCUGGUGGCAAUAAUAGGCAGGGUACUGGAGCAUGAUGACACUGAUUCUGAUAGGAGCAAAGGUAAAAAGCUGGAUACAGGGUUUUCUGGGACCACCGAGCAAUGGGAAGAAACAUUCGGUUCAAGAUACUGGAAGGCAGGAGCUAUGCAUAGAGGCGAUGCUCCAUCUUCUCUCAAAAUCAAUUUGAGUGAACUCGACAUUUUAAACAAGAAUGUUACUGCUUCCAAUGAAUAUCAAAGUAUGAUUCAGCUCCCAGAUAAAAGACUGAUUGAGGUUAUGGUGGAAAUUGUAGAGGUUAGGGACUUGCCAGCUGGGCAUAACGGAAGCCUUUCUGUAAUUCUCGGUAAGAAACAGCCAGAUUCAUAUUUCAAUGGCAGAAGAAUGAGUAUCUUCUCCGAGACAGGGGAGAAAGAUGUUGCUGUUUUCCGAUGUAAACCCACAGGGGAGCUCAUCUUCAAACUUAUGUCCCAUCCACCCUCUCUUUUGCAUAUUGCAAGUCCUGCGAAAAUGUUGGGGACAACAUCAAUCUCUCUCCAUGAUCUCAUGAAACCAGGUUCUCCUCUGUCAAUUGAGAAAUGGUUUGCAUUGCUGCCAAAUUCUGGAAUUGUAGGUUCCAAGCCAGUGAGACUGCGGAUUGCUUUCUCUUUCACUCCUUCGGUACAGGCACCAUUAUUGCUGCACAUGGUCCAGACUCGAGCAUGCGCAACAUCUUGUUUCUUUCCCCUCCCUGGAACGUUUCAACAAGGUAAAAUCUGGACAUGCAUUGAGGAUGAGGAUGGAAACGAGAUCAUCAACCUCCUGAUGAGAGUUUCAAUGAAAGCAGAGGCCAAAAACAAUUGUCUUCCCAAAAAGGAAGUGAUUGGCAUGACAAGGAAUGGAGAAAGACAUGUUCUCGCAGAGUUUGCUGGAACAGGAUGGUCUUUGAUGAAUUCCAACUGGUGGUUUCAACCUUACCAAAAAAUUACUGACGCUAGUCAGAUCUUUGAGCUCACUGGUAGCCAAAAGGUGAUCAUUUUUCCGGGUAGAAAACUGGAGUAUGAAAUAAAGUGUGAGAAGUUUAAAAGCGAACAGAAUUUCUUGACAGCUGUCAAAUUUUCUGCAGAAUAUCCUCAUGGACAAGCUGUGGCGCUGUUUGAUUUGAAGUCUGCCUCUCUCGAGGUGAAUGAAGACUGGCUGGGACUUCCUGGGAUUCUAUUGGCUUUUCUACUUUCUGAUACUUCAAGGAAUGAGAGCAAUAGCCAAUUCCAUGCCGAUGGAGAUGGUAUAAGAGAAAUGGACAGUGAUUCAAAGCAACAUGCAAAUAAAAGCUACGAGGAAGACAAAACAGCCAACCAGAUUGAGGAGAUAAAAGAUGCUACGAAAGCGACCCUCCAAAUGGCCUAUAUAUCUGGUGCAGAGUCUUAUGAAUGUUGCGAUUGUGGAGCUGUGGCUCAAGUUGACUUGACGGCUGGAAAAAGCAGUGGAAUUAUCAAGGAUGGCACCGGUGAAGAAAGCCAUAGUAAUGGGGCUAAAGCGAUAAUAAACAGUGCAAUAUGCUCCAACUGUGUUGCCCCUGUUGGUUCAGAGUCUACCAGUCAUAUAAUCCUUGAGGAUGUAGCAAAGAGCCCUCACUGUGGCGGUUGUGGCUCAUGUCAUGGUGGUUGUGGUUCAUGUCACGGUGGUGGUUGUCACGGUGAUCAAUAA